AUGUCUAAUCAAGGCAAAAGAGGAUUAAAUUCCGCCUACAUGCGAGCAACCCUUCAAAUGUCCAAAGAGCAAGCUCAAGAGACGUGGCAAUCUCUUGAAAAAUCAAUUUUUUUAAUCUUUGAUUUCCAAAAUUCCAAGCUGAGUUUCGAAGAGUUAUAUCGGAAAGCUUACGAUCUUGUAAUUCAAAAGCAUGGAGAUUUGCUCUACAAAGGCCUUUCUGAGACAAUCCGUCAGCGCUGCCUAGUAAUUUCUGCAAUGAUUUUAUCAGAAGCUCAAAUCUCACUCUUUCCUGUGCUAAACAAAUCAUGAACAGACUUUAAAUACGCAAUGAAUAUGAUCAAAGAUAUUUUGAUGUAUAUGGACCGAAAUUACGUAAAAAGCAAAAACACCAUCCCUGCAUAUGAACUGGGGCUAAAUAUUUUCUUACUUACUUAAUUAUCUGGUGUUUAAGGUGUCUAGUGCCGCAGCCCAAAAGGGCCUAUGGCAAAACUAGUGACGUAGGCGAGCCAUCUUGGCACAGGUAAGCCCCGUCCAAGCCUUCUAUCAACUCCCACUUCACCGGCCUUGCUGCACGUCUCACCCGGCGCGUUGCCGUCGCCCUUGUCGCUCGACUCAGCUCCUGCGCGUGUUCCGCCUAAGGGUCAUCCUCCCGUGGGGAUGUGCUGAGAGGUAAAAGCCCGAAAUCUUAAGUGGACUGAGGAGUGGUUCCUCUGGUUAUCCCCAGAGUUAAACCGCUAUUGCUGUCCAGAAGUCUUCGAGUGAAAACCUAACUAUAAAUAAAAUUCCAUGAGGGGAGAGAAAAUUAGCAGAGCUAAUUUCUCUCGAACCGAAUGCCAUUUUAUUUAUGCUAAAAUAUUUUCAAACAAGAAAUCCUCUAUAGCCCAAACAUAAAAACUAAGAUUUCUGAACUGCUGAUCCAGAGUAUCCAAAAUGAAAGAAAUGGGGAAUUUAUUGAAAAAGAGCUAAUAAGAAGUAUCGCAUUUAUGCUAGUAGAGGUGGGAAUAGGGACGAAAAACGUGUAUAUUGAACUCUUUGAAGACUCAUUUUUAGAUGAAACUAAAAGAUUCUAUGAAAAAGAAGCUGAAGACGCAAUUAUUAAAUUAUCUUGCCCAGAAUUUUUAGGUCAAGCUGAAAAGAGGCUAAAAGAAGAAAAAGCUAGAGUUGAUAGCUAUCUAGAUCCCUCCACAGAAGAAAGGCUACUCCAAAUCGUCGAUCAUUCCUUUAUAGAAAAGCACUCAAAGACUUUAAUUUAUAUGGAAAACUCUGGAUGCCAAAAAAUGAUAGAGCAGAUGAAAAUUGAUGAUUUAAAAAGGAUGUUUAAGCUGUAUUUAAGAGUUCCCUCCUGUCUCCGACAUAUCUCUGACUGCAUGUCUGCCUUUAUCCAAUCUGAAGGUUCUCUCAUAAUCGCUUCUUCAGAAUACAAAAAAAAUCCAGUCGAGCUUGUAGGGGCUCUUCUUAAACUCCGAGAUAUGUUCAAUACCAUCGUAACCCAAGCUUUUGACAGAGACUCUAUGAUGGAAACAGUCAUGAAAAUCAGCUUUGAAAACUGCAUCAACGCGAACUCUAGAACUGCCCAUGCUCUUGCAUUAUAUGUUGAUAAGUUAUUAAAAAAAGACAUCAAAGGCAUGAGAGAAGAAAACAUUGACAUUCAAUUAGACCAAAUCAUUAUUCUUUUCAGGUAUAUUUCUGACAAAGACGUUUUCGAAAAUUUCUAUAAGCAGCUGCUUGCGAAAAGACUUUUGCAGUCACGAUCUUUGUCUGAUGACGCAGAGAAGCUGUUUAUCACGAAGCUGAAAACUGAAUGUGGGUCACAUUUCACGUCAAAAAUUGAAGGGAUGUUUACAGAUAUGAGAUUUUCCAGUGAGUCAGUAGAAGAUUUUCAAACAAAUGGCGAUAUGGAGAUCGAGCCAAGUGUACUUACAGCUGCAUAUUGGCCUUCUGAUGUGGUACUGCCUAUUAGCUUGCCAAGAGAAGUGAUCCAUGAAGCAGAACGAUUCCGAAAAUACUAUUUGGGAAGACAUAGUGGAAGAAGACUCUCAUGGAAAACGAACAUGGGCACUGCUGAAAUCCGAGCUAUACUUGGAAUAAACAGUUCUCGCCAUGAAUUAUUUGUAUCUACCUAUCAAAUGUCAGCGUUGCUUCUUUAUAAUGACCGUGAAUCGCUAGUGUACGAAGAAAUCACUCAAGUGCUGAACUGCUCUGACCCUGACUUUGAAAAGCAUAUGCUGGGACUUGUAAAAGCUGGGAUUUUAGCUAAGUCUACUGCUGGAAAAGAAGUCUCAAUGUCGACUGAGUUCUUUUUAAAUCCUGAGUUUAAAUCUAAACUCUAUAGAGCAGAUUAGAUUAGUGAUGGUUACUUGAAGUCCCCAUUUACUGAAAGCACCAUGCGUACUGCAGGUGAACACUUGUGGGGUGGGCUCGGGCCGAAACCGCCGGUUUCUCAGUAGAGGCAUUUUCCCUCUUGAUCUGGAGACCCGUGAUUUCCCCGGUAGCUUGCAUUUCCAACCCAAGAGUUAGCAUCGCCCAACCCUUAGCUUAGGCCAGAUCGUCUCAUUGAGGGGACCCUUUAAACUGAAUAGAUUAGCCUGAGAGUCUUCCCCUUUUUCUCCGGAUUAUCUCCGAGGAAAAUUCAAUAAGCUUGCAUGCUCGGGAUAGGGCCACAAAGCAGUUUUAGACAAUUAAGUUGCCCUGCGUCUAUUAGACACUGCUCUAGGCCUAGGUGCCGCUGGCAAAAAGAUUCACAAACUGCCGCUCUAGGCCGGGCCAUAAUCAGCGCACUAGUGCUUUGCCUUUCACUUCGAGGCUAGCCCAACCCUUGGCAGCCCCUUUAACCAUAAAGCCUAUGUCGAGAUAUGCAUAAGGACACCCUCCACAGGGAGAACAGGCCGCUUGUCACUGGCCGUUUUAUGUAUAUAAUCUAUAGAGUAAAAGUUCCUGUUUUAGCCAAAAAAGAUAAUGAAAUAUCUACUCAGAGUGAAGUUCCAGAAAUAGUUGAAGACGACAGAAAGCACAUGAUUGAAGCUACCAUAGUUAAAAUAAUGAAAACGAGACGUAAAAUUGAUCAUGCAGGGCUGCUAGGAGAAGUUACCAAAUUAAUAUCAUGGAGGUUUGUGCCAUCGCCUAAGCAAAUCAAGAGUAGAAUUGAAAAUUUGAUUGAAAGAGAGUAUAUCCAAAGAGAUGCAGAAAACCCUAAUUUUUAUAAUUAUGUCGCCUAA